AUGUCUCGUACACAACCUUGGGUGCCUGGUUCUCCUGAGCAGCUUGAAGCAAUCGCUCUGCACCAGCAGAGGGAUUAUAAUCACCUCCUUGAUGAUCUUGAGCAUCGUGCAAUAUCGCGUCAGUUUGAAGUUGAGAAGAUGGGACUUCCAAGGACAGAUUACAAGGCUCGCCAGCAAAUCCUAUCUUUAGUGGCGAAGCAGGGCAAGACACUUAACUCAACACUAGAGAAAUACAACAAUCUUGCAUCCACCAUGGAUCCCCCAAAGCCAAGACUCAGUUGGGAGGAUGUAACCAGCCUCGAGUUCAUAUCAGAUAUCAUGAUUUUAUGGGGCCAUGACGAUGUACGUGAGAAACCAUGGGCAAAGCCCCUUCUUCGCAAGGCCACCCAAGCUUGGCAUAAGCUUCAACGAGCCUGUGAAGAGAUUGACACUGUCAGACUUGAAGCUCGUCGGGUAUGGACCUCGAUGGAAAAUGAGGAGGCUUGGCUGUGA